GUACACACAGGGUGGACACGUGCUCUCUGUUGGGGAUAAUACGUGGAAAAUGAAUAGCAAAACGGAUAAGCAGGAGAGCAAAAAGCUGAAGCCGACAAAUGGAGAUACGGAUGCUUUGGGGAUGGUGCUGCACCACGUGGGCGGUAUGGGCCGAUACCAGCGGUUUCUGUUCGUCGCUAUGAUGCCAUUUGGACUGUCGAUAGCGUUCAUCUAUUUUGUACAGAUGUUCAUAGCUGCCACUCCUCAGCGGCACUGGUGUAUCGUGCCAGAACUCCAGCAUUUGGACAUGGAGUUGAGACGUAACUUAUCGGCGCCAGGGGCGGCGGCAGGCGGCGAGUGGGACCGCUGCGCCACCUACCAGACGAACUGGACGCGCGUGCUGGAGACCAUGACCCCACCGGACCCGAGCACGCCCACAGUGUCGUGUCAGAAUGGAUGGGAGUUCGAGCUGACAGACAUUCCUUACCACACUGUUAUUAGUGAGCGAGGAUGGGUGUGCGAGAACUCUGGGUACGCGCCUACUGCGCAAGCGCUGUUCUUCGCCGGCUCCUUCAUCGGAGGUAUAUUCUUCGGCUGGCUGGCUGAUAACUUCGGCAGGUUACCCGCUCUUUUUGGCGCAAACUUAAUAGGCGCUAUUGGAGGUAUCGCAACCGUGUAUACUACAGGCCUGUGGGACUUCAUAUUCUGCAGGCUACUCGUUGGAAUGGCGUGUGACAACGCUUUCAUGAUGAUGUAUAUAUUAGCACUAGAAUACGUAGGCCCAAAACACCGCACUUGGGUGGCGAACAUGUCCAUAGGAUUGUUCGUCGGCAUCGGCUCUAUUAUCCUGCCGUGGCUCGCGAUCUGGCUCGCUGAUUGGAGGAUGCUGUUGUGGGUCACUUCCAUGCCCAUGCUGCUGUGUGUCUUCGUACCUUUUGUCAUACCUGAAAGUGUUAGAUGGCUGGUAACACGCGGUCGCGUGAACAAAGCUGUGGAGGUGUUGCGGAAGUUUGAAAAGGUCAACGGCACCAAAAUACCUGACGAUGUCAUGGAGGACUUUAUUGUAUCCUCCCGUCAUACCAAAGGAGAGAAUGAGUCGAUCCUCACCCUGGCUAAGAGUGCACCACUCCGAACCACUAUGGCACUCAUGUUGAUCGUGUACAUAUGUUGUGCUGUCAUCUUCGACGGCCUGGUGCGGCUGUCUGACGCCUUCGGGCUUGACUUCUUCAUCACAUUCACCCUGACUUCAGCUACGGAGAUACCAUCUGUGACUUUGGUGGCUAUAGUUCUGGACAGAUGGGGCCGUAGACUUCUUACUUGCGGUCCGAUGGGAAUUUCAGGAAUUUUGAUCCUCAUAGCUACGUUCAUGCCGAAAGGCAUGGCGCAAGCGGGUCUGGCGAUAAUGGCGCGGUUCUGCAUCAACAUGUCGUACAACGCGGCGAUGCAGUGGGCGACGGAGCUGCUGCCCACCGGCGUGCGCGCCUUUGGUUCCUCGCUACUGCACAUGAUCGGGUUCCUCGCCACCGCGCUCUCGCCAUUCAUUGUCUACUCGGAGAGAUUAUGGACUCUGCUGCCUCUGGUGAUCCUGGCCGUGUUGGCGGCGCUGGGUAGUUCCAUUGCCAUCAUUCUACCCGAGACUAAAGGCAAACAGAUGCCUCAAACCAUAGAAGAUGGGGAGAAGCUGGUCCUGGAACACUCUAUAUGCGGAAAACGAGAACCAGAGAGUUUGGAAGUCGUCGAGUGGAAAUCAGAAAAAGAGAAAGCUCUCAUCAUGUAGUAUUAAGGUUCUGUGUGAUUAGUGAUAUGCCAUAUUAGGUCCAAUAUGGGCUAGAACUUUGUUGCAUAUAACAACACAAAUGUCGGAUUCGGGCAUUAUACUAUGCCGAGAGAAUAUCGUUCCAGUCGAUAGUAUAAUAGGAUCACUGACAUGAGACACAGACUUAGUAAUAUUAAUUAUUAUUAUUACUAAGUAAAUAAAAUAUAAAUAACUAAAUAAAAUUAUUUUUCGAUAAAAUCCGUAAAAUAUUAAUUUAUAGAAUUUCACUUUUUUAUGGACCUUUGCCUAAAAUUAUAAACUUUAAGUAAUUAAAUAACUAUUUUGAAUUGUUUUUAACACUUUUACUGUUGUAAUAUAAUUUAAGAAUUAUUACAAACAAAAAUUGAUUUAGAAAACUUCAAACAGCUUUUAUACGCUAAUAUGUUUCGGUUAUCAAAAACAAAAAAUAAACGAAUAAAUUAGAGGCGAACUUAGAUUUAUCAAAAGAAAAGUGCAACGGCAUGUUACCAUUUACGAUUCUUUUUUUAAGUUAAGCUUUUAAAUUUCGCUGCGUUUUAUAUUUUGACUAAUGUAUAAAGCUGAAGAAUUUGUUUGUUUGCUUAAACGCGCUAAUUUGAGGAACUACUAAAUCGUCAAUCAAUCAGGCUGCUUUAGAAAAAAAAAUAUCACGUAAUAACUUAUACACGCACGCGGAGCUGCAGACAAAAACUAUUUAAUAAUAAUUGUUAAACAAAGUUGUUAUAAAAGGCGUUUUUGAAAGGAAGUUUGUUUCUUCAGAUUCCAUGUUAAAUUAUUAGGUAAACUAAUAUUUACGAUAAUAAGAGAUGAAGUGUUACCGGUACCUAGUAGCACAAACUGUGAUACUCAACAUGAAUAUAAUUUUUAUAAAUAACAAGAGCUUAUUGGUAUAUAUGUAUAGCUCGGUGUAUUUAAUUUAAUACUAUUUGUGUGGAUAAGUAUGGUUUGUCACUGAUUCUAUUUAUUGAAGUUGCCGCCUUUAACAAUGGCGGGCCGAACAUGCGCAGCAAGGACUUCUAUGCAUGUUAUUGAUUCUUUGUAAUAAAUAAGUAUAUAUACUACAUGUACGAUUUUUAAAAAUACAAAUUAAGUACAAUGUGUGAUUUCUGUUUAAGUGGAGAUUCCUAAAAGAAUAGAUUCUUAACCAUUAAGAAUUUUAUUGAGUGUGGGUAACUUAAUAAAAAGUUUGAAUUCAUGUUUAUUAAAAUAAAAUGUUAUGUACACCAUUUAUAAAAAAAAAGAAUACAAAUUUAAUUUGGCGCUUA